AUAUCGUGACUGCGGACUUCAUUGCGGACUUCAUUCAACGAUCAGUUGCACGCGUUUUCGUCGGAUGUUUCGUUCUGUCUGAUUUCGUUAAAUUGGUGUCCUCAAUUCGCGCGUUUUUUAUUGUCAUCAAUUGUUUAACUCGAGAAAUAUUCACACAUGCGGUCAGAAUGUAAAAUGCAGAAUUCAACAUGACUCGACAGAAGCUGUAGAUUAUGACUAACCUCUCGGUAAACCGGUGUUUCACGAUAGUUACAAAUAAAAUCAAAACUCCGAUAAUGAAACGCAAAAUGAAUUCAACUACGAGUAAACCAGCGAGCAAACAAUAUCAUUGGUCGGCUGGUUUGCUCGAUACGAUGAAGGAUCCCGAGAGUAAGGUCAAAGAAGACGAUAUGAUAGUUGUCAUUAAGGACAAAUAUCCUAAAGCUGAGUUUCAUUAUUUGGUUUUACCAAAAGAAGAUAUUCUCUCUAUAUGGCAUGUCAAGAGCAACCAUCAGAAUUUAUUAAUGCAUAUGCACGAUGUUGCUCGCGAUCUUGUUGAACAACACGCGGAUCACGAAUUUAUUAUAGGCUACCAUGCAAUGCCAAGCAUGCAGAGGCUGCACUUGCAUGUAAUAAGCACGGAUUUUAAUAGUCCUUGCCUGAAAACCAAGUAUCACUGGAACUCAUUCACAACGCCGUUCUUCCUACAUUCGUCAGAUGUAUGCCGUCAGUUACGCGAGGCAGGCGAGAUCAAGAAAGUCUCCACGGCGGACAGUAAAGCUUAUCUGGACACAAAAUUGAAAUGCCACAAGUGUUCGGAGCAGCCGAGGAAUAUGCCGGAAUUGAAGAGACACUUAUCGACUCACGUUAAAAAAUAAUGAUAAAACCGGAUGUAUAAAAGCGCACGUAUUAAAUUAUUUGUGUAUGAUGAUAUAUUAGAAUAAAUUGCAUUGUUUUGUACUCUCGA